CAGGAUUACGACCCAUACUACCCUGGCGUGCCGCAGGGGUUCACUCACCAGUCGGGAUACGACCAGUUCGGUGGAUAUCCUCAAGACUACUCUGGAGGUGGAACUUCAUUUAGUUAGCACGGGUUUCUCACGUGUACUAGCGCCCGUUCGCUCUUGACGGUUGCACAGUAGCGUUCACGUUGUGUAACGUCGAGUAUUAUGGUGAAAACGUAUCAGCUGAAAUGCCGCUAGGGGAGAUGUGUUAGGAGGACAGGGGUAGAAUUCGUUGAUCGUGUUAUCGUUCAGUCAAUACGCCGUACAUCUACUUCCACUGUAAGUAAUGCUUCCAGAGACAUGUUCCUUUUUCCAUGGCGUGAAACUGUAGAGAGCGAUUUCGAGUGUCCAAUAAUUCCUUUCCCUUCCAGCCCCAGAGUACGUGAAUUUCUGUAAAUAUCCUCUCCGCCCCCUUUUUGUCACGUCUCAUUCUUUUUUUCUCCUUCGUUCAUUUUGUUUGCGUAGAGACGUUCUAACAAACAAACAAAUAAUAACAAUAAAGAAAAUCUCGUGUAGUGGAACAGGGCAGUCUUAAUUUCGUCUAUGUUCAAGGCAUAAGAACGAAUAAGCUUUUUGCAACUGUCCUGCUUCCUGUCCUGCAGCGGAAAGCUGCAAAGUGUUUAUGCAAUGCUUGCUUUUUGAUAUAAAAUACUUUUUUUUGCAGGGCAAUCGGGGUUUUUCGAGCAGGGUCAAUCCGGGGUUUCUCCAGCAAGAUCAAAUGCAGCCGGGGUUUCUCCAGCAAGAUCAAAUGCAGCCGGGGUUUCUCCAGCAAGAUCAAAUGCAGCCGGGGUUUCUCCAGCAAGAUCAAAUGCAGUCGGGGUUUCUCCAGCAAGAUCAAACGCAAGUGGGGUUUCACCAGCAGACUCCAAUUGGGACAACCGAGAAAGUGGACGACAACACCGUGGUCGUCGUUAUCUGUGCUCUGUCUCUCCUCCUACUGAUAGUGAGCCUUGUGAUCUACCUCGUAUUUUCGGUCACCGAGACAUCCGACACUGGCGACGUCCCUAAAAGAAGGGGAGGAGGAGCAGGAGGAGGAAGUGGCAGUAGCAGUAAACCUGAAGAUGCCGAAGAGGAGACAGAGGUCACUGUUAUUGAGGACAUAUACCCAACGGAACCCACGACGACGACGACGACUACAACUACUACGACUACAACUACUACGACUACAACUACUACGACUACAACUACGACGACUACUACCACGACGACUACUACCACGACGACUACUACCACGACGACUACUACCACGACGACCACUACCACGACGACUACAACUACGACGACUACAACUACGACGACUACAACUACGACGACUACAACUACGACGACUACUACCACGACGACGACUACCACGACGACGACGACUACGACGACUACUACGACAACGACUACGACGACGACAACAACGACCCCGCAUCCCAACUUCCAACCGUUGCUGUGCACCGUGGGGUCCCAGGCGACCGACAAGUACUUCUACCCAGAUAAAGAUCUCUGUGACAUCCUCUUCUUCACCCACAUCUACUGGGACGAGGCAGAAUCCAAGUGGACUCCUUCGUAUACCCCGAAUGGUCGGGUGGCGUAUGAUACUUUCUUGGAGCACGUAAAGACCCGAGAACACAGUGGUGUCUCGUUCGAUUUCAGGCUUCUGCAAUCAAUAAACUCGAGGAUGGAUAACAGCAAACUGGAACUGUUGUAUAGAAACAAGAUCAAGCAUUUCGGCGUCCUCAAUAUACUGAUCGAGUCCAAUGAAGGUUCGGCUCUUAGUCCUGUUAAUGAUUUGUUUUCGAAGAUACAGACGAUUUUGAAGCAAGGUCACGCCUAUGGGGAAACAGGCCGUGGUACACAAAACCCGAUGUACCUGGUAGCUGCUUUCAAGAUGAGGAACUUUGCCUUAGACAGAAUAACAUUUGCCACCACGAUCAAGAAAUUUGCUCAAAAUUCAAUAGCAAACUACAUCGUCGUGAACACUGCAAUCAACACCUGGGAUGGUGGCUGCAAGAGCUUCCCGCCAACGAUGUGGUCCGACUCCCAAAAGACUUACCAGCCAGCGUUUGACACCGCAAUAAGGGACAUCCUUUCGAGGGCACAGGACUGGGAUAGCGACAAGUCCGCCCUCCUGGCUUUCUCCCUCGGCGUGUCCACCUAUUACUUUGAAAGUGGCCGCCAAGAGGCAUCGCCCAUCUUGGAAGACUGUAAAGCUUAUAAGAUGGUAUUCUACCAGCAGGUGUGCGACGUGAAAACACCAACGGUUCCUCUGGGCUGCAAAUGCCAUUCCCACGGAUCUGGGCAAUACAUGUACGUUUGGGAUACGCUGGAUGACAUUAACGAGAAGAUGAAUCAAGCGAUUGACACUUACAAGAGACCGCACUUCGGAUUCAUCAUCUUCGACACAGAGUUCUCAGACCUGGCGGAUAGUUCAUGCAUAACAAGUCACGGUACAUUUCCACGCCUUCGUGCUGCCAGGGACAGGAUGAAUGCAUACCACAAGCAACAGGAUCCAAUCGAAGCGCAGACUCAUGGUUGACGAGACUGCAUUCUGGCUGUAUUCUGCUUUAUUAAAAUAAGAUGUAUAAGA